AAACCCUCGCCAUGUUGUACGGGUGUCGGGCGGAAUGACAAACAGAAAUGCAGUUGUUGCCAGUUCCGAGUUUGUUGCGUUCGCUUUGCAAAAUAUAUUCCACAAAAUAACUUCAUUUCGUUUCCCCCCGGAUUGUGCGUUUUCUGUAUCCUUGGUAACUAAAAGUAUCUGAAAAGCAGCGCCAUUGUCUUGGAUAAAUAAUUCGUGUCGAAGCGCCUGAAUCUCGCACCAUGUCCAGCAACAACGAGCAGGUCAAACAAUUCGCACAGAUUACCGGUGCUACGGAGGAACGAGCGAAGUUUUUCGUCGAUGCCGCCAACGGAGAAUUGCAGGUUGCGCUGAGCAACUUUUACGAGGGCGAGAACGAGGAUGCUGACAUUUCCGACGAAGAAAAUCCGCCGGCGGAGCCUGCGUCGAUUCAAUUCGCUCGUGCAGAAAAGGCGAAGGCAAAGAAAGCACCAAAGCCACAGUCAAACAUUGCAACUCUUCAUACACUACAUUCGUCCUCGUCGGAAGAUGAAGAAGAACAGGGCCAGGCAUUCUAUGCCGGUGGCUCAGAACGUUCCGGUCAGCAGGUGCUAGGACCGCCGCGAAAGAAUCCGAUCAAGGAUUACGUGUCGGAAAUCUUUCGUUCCGCGCAGCAAGGUAAUCUGGAAACGUUUGACCCUUCCGAGGAAAGCGGCGGCUCCAGUUGGUCGCUGUAUGCCGGCACUGGCUACCGUCUCGGCCAAACGGAAGACGAUCAUCAGGAAGUGACACCACGCGGGGCACGAACGGCCGCAUCGUCCAGCUCGCAGAAUCUGGAAGUCGUAACGCUGACGUUGUGGCGUCAGGGAUUCGUCAUCAACGAUGGGGAGUUGCGCUUGUACGAGGAUCCGGCCAACCGCGAGUUUUUCGAAUCCAUCACCCGGGGCGAAAUACCAGAGGAGCUACGAUCGAAGGGACAGACAAUGUUCCGCGUCGAUCUGAAGGACAACCGUCACGAGGAGUACGUGAAGCGUAGCAAGCCGUUCAAAGCGUUCGGUGGUUCCGGCCAAACGCUCGGUAGCCCUGUUCCACCGAUGGCAACGGCCAGCAGCAGCAGCAGCAGUGGCGGCACUAGCAGUAGCGCCAAGGCAAGCGGAAGCAAUGAAGAAAAUGAAAAGCGUGCCGCGGAAGAGCUUGCCCUAGACAGUGCUCAACCUACCACGAUGCUGCAAAUACGACUGAUCGAUGGAAGCCGCCUGUCGGCCCGGUUCAACCAAGCGCACACCGUAGAACACGUGCGCCGCUACAUCGUCAACGCUAGGCCGCAGUAUGGCGCGCAGAACUUUGCGCUCAUGACAACCUUCCCGAGCAAGGAGCUGAGCGAUGGCGCGCAAACGCUGAAGGAUGCGGGACUGCUGAAUGCGGCAAUAUUGCAGCGUCUGAAUUAGUCCGCUUUGCGGAGAAAGGAAGGAGAAGAGGUUACAGGAGAAAUAAUAAGCUUCAUGAAGAAUUUUCCGCAGCAGUACUCUCCAGAUGUCCCUGUCUGCUCACAACACUUUAUAUUAGUAAGCUCCAUUUUGGUGGAACGAUAAUUAGAGUUAUAACAAUUUGAUCCAAUGAAUUCAUCAUAUUUCCCCGUCAACACCUUUAUACGACACUGGAUUCAAUCGCGUUGCCAUUGGCAGCCUGAUCAGCCUACGUCGUUUCCACACGCGAGCAGAAGAUCUGCAUGCGAUACCAAUGAUGCGCAGACCGAUUCCCUAAUGUUUGAGAAACUGAUUGUGAUAAAUCUGAUGAUAAUUUGUAUCGUUGCGGCCUGUGGAAAUAAACGUCUAUAACGGUGUAUGGGAAAUCAA